AUGGCUUCAGCUACUGCACAGCGUCGUCUUCUCCAGGAAUAUCGCGCCCUAACAAAUAAUCCACCAGACGGUAUUACUGCAGGUCCGGUGACAGAAGAUGACUUACUUUGCUGGGAGGCUUUAAUAGAAGGACCUGAGGGUACACCAUUCGAAGGGGGUGUGUUCGCUGCCGAGUUACAGUUUCCCAAAGACUAUCCACUUUCACCGCCGAGUAUGAGGUUUCUUGGGGAAGUUUGGCAUCCUAAUGUCUACCCCAGCGGUCUUGUCUGUAUAUCUAUUCUUCAUCCGGCUGGAGACGAUCCAAACCACUAUGAACAUGCAUCGGAGCGAUGGUCACCUAUACAAAGUGUCGAGAAAAUCUUAAUAAGUGUGAUGAGUAUGUUAGCGGAACCAAAUGAUGAGAGUCCGGCAAACGUGGAAGCUGCCAAGCAAUGGAGAGAAAAUAGGGCGGAAUACGAACAGAAGGAAUACAAGGCGCAGUCAGAAUCAAAGGAAAAUCUGGAGACAAAUCAAGAGUGGUUGAGUAAAAUACUAGAGGAAGAGGCGCAGGAAUUGUUCUGCGACGUCCUCGCGGUGAUAAAACUUGCCAAGAAAAUACGAAAAGAUUUCGCCGAUGCUCCAAGUCAAUUUAAGGAUAUCUCGCUCGAGGUGCGAAGUCUCUCCAUUGUACUUCAGGAUAUCGAAGAUGAGCUAUCAUUGCCAGACCUCAAUGCCAAGCAGAAGAGCGAACUCUCAGAAAUCAUUGUCGGUUGUCGAGAUGUUCUUGAGAAGUUGCAACGAUCGUUGAGCACAUAUGGCGAAUUUAAAUCCGACUCUAGAGGUGUAGGCUAUAAGGCGAAAAGAAUUUGGAAACGGUUUCAGUGGGAGCCUGACGACAUCAAAGAACUUCGAAGUCGUGUUACAACAAAUGUUACUUUUUUGAAUGCAUUUCGAGGGAAAUAUACCAAUGAAACACUACACGAGAUAAAGAACAGCGCAGACCAAUUUCACGAGCGACAAGAUGAUCGGGAACUCAACAAGGAAUCUUUAGCGAUGUUGAAUUGGCUUACCCCUAUCAACCAUGCAUCUCAACAGCAUGAUUGUAUCAUACAACGGCAAGCAGAUACAGGACGAUGGCUUCUAGAUUCGCCAGUAUUCAUAGAAUGGGUAAAUUCUGAUAAGCAGAAAUUGUUCUGUCCCGGUAUCCCUGGUGCAGGCAAAACGAUACUCACAUCAAUUGUUGUUGAAGAACUCAUUAACCGCUUCCGCAACGACAAAGGUAUUGGAAUUGCGUACUUUUAUUGCAACUUCCGACGGCAACAUAACCAAAAGAUUGAUGACUUGCUAUUAAGCCUUCUCAAGCAGCUCUCCGGAUACCAGCCUUCACUACCAGGUGCAGUGAAAGAUAUGUUUGAUCUACACUCACCCAGGCAGAAUCGCCCGUCGACAAAGGAAAUUUCUAGUGCUCUCAAGUCUGUGAUCGAUUCAUAUUCCAAGGUUUUUAUUGUUGUCGAUGCUCUCGAUGAAUGUCAAAUGGCCGAUGGUUGCCGAAUGGAGUUUCUAUCAGAAGUUUUCCAUCUUCACGAAACAUGCCAACUAAGUCUUUUCGCAACCUCGAGGCAUAUUCCCAACAUCGAAGAAAGGUUUGAUAGCUCUAUGCAGUUGGAAAUUCGAGCCAGCAAUAAAGAUGUGGAGAGAUACUUAGAUGGUCGCAUUUCGCAGUUACCUGGAUAUGUACGCAAGAGCAUGGACUUACAAAAUGAAGUCAAGACUGCUAUCAUUAAAGCAGUUGAGGGAAUGUUUCUGCUUGCUCGGCUUAAUUUUGAUUCGUUAAAAGCAAAAAAGUCACCAAAAGUUUUGCGGAAAGCGCUGAAAAAUCUCCCGACUGGAUCUGACGCAUACGAUCAUGCAUACAAAGAUGCCAUGGAAAGAAUUGAAGGCCAACUGGAUGAUGAGAAAGAACUGGCGAAGCAGGUUCUUUCAUGGAUUACUUGUGCAAAAAGGCCUCUCACAACAGCAGAACUUCAAGAAGCUAUUGCAGUGGAGAUCAACGAGUCAAAGCUUGACGAAACAAAUUUUUCUGAAAUUAGCACAAUGAUUUCUGUGUGUGCUGGAUUGGUAGUUGUUGAUGAUAAAAGUAAAAUAAUCCGCUUGGUUCAUUAUACUACACAAGAAUACUUCGAGCGAACACGAGACCGUUGGUUUCCUGAUGCAGAAACCUUUAUUACCACAAUUUGCGUUACAUAUCUUUCAUUCGAAACCUUCAAUACCGGUUUUUGUCUGACGUACAGAGACCUCGUGAAGCGGGUACAGUCUAAUAAACUGUUCACGUACGCCGCACGAUUUUGGGGGCUUCACGCUGGCAAGUCUUUAAUGUUAGAAAAGACAUUAAAGCAAGCGCUUUUGAAAUUUCUCGAAAACCAAACAAAGGUUGAUGCAUCAUGGCAGUUAAUUACUUUUUAUAGUCUACGGGAAUUAAAUGCCGACCAGGGCUCGAGUCCCGUGUUUUCAUGCUUUCUCUUCGGCCGGUACUUGAUCAGAGGAUUGACAGGAAUGCAUAUGACAGCGUUGUUUGGACUCGAAACUGUUAUACAACUGUUGCUUUAUUCAGGCAAACUCGAAGUCGAUUCAAGGGACUCGCUAAGCCAGGAAUGGCAUGUUAGUCCUGAUCCCAAUAUUGUUAAUCAGGGUCGAACGCCACUCUCUUAUGCGGCGCAAAAUGGGAACGAGAAAGUAUUGAAACUCUUGAUUGAUACAGGCAAAGUCGAAAUCAAUUCUAGAGAUCAAUUCGAUAAGACGCCAUUUCUUUAUGCAGUUGAGAACGGGCACAAGAAGGUGGUAAAGCUUUUGCUUGAUACAGGCAAAGCUGAUGUCAAUCCCAAAGAUUUCAAAGGUUGGACAUCUUUCCGUCAGGCGGCUGCAUCCGGGAACGAGGAUGUGGUAAAGCUUUUGCUUGACACAGGCAAAGUCGAGAUCGAUACAAUCGAUAAAUUUCACCAAACACCACUAUUAGGUGCUGUUCGCAACGGACAUGAAUCAAUAGUGAAGCUGUUACUUAGUACAGGUGCGGUAAACAUCAAUCAAAGUAAUUACGAGCAUCUAACGGCAAUCUCAAUAUCGAUUCAAUUGUUAUCAAUGAUGAUGAUAGUAGCCGCCGGAAUCGAAUCUUGGAAAGUUUAUAUCAAUUGCCUGGAUUUUUCUGGAAUGCAGAUAUUCUGGUUUCAACUUGCCAAUUACACAACCAGGGCCUGUGGAGUCUGGUGGAAUGACGAGAGGAUGUUGAAACUCCUAAUCACGAGAUACGCUGAUGUGAAGAUUGACCUUCAUCCUGCAACUGAAGAGGUUAUCGGAAAACGAUGGCCAGCGGUCUUGGAAGGCUCUGGAGGAAAUUGGAAUGAACAGUUGGAGAGCGCUAUCUGUGAGUUCAUGGCAUUAAAAAGUAGUAUGGGCAUGCAAUGA